AUGUUUUUCCGCACCUCCACCAUCACCAAGCUGAGCCGAGGCUACCAUUACCUUACCGUUCCAAACGCUGCCCAGAUCUCGCGACAGGCUCCGUUUUUCUCUAUUUCGGCUCGUUCGUUCUCCGCUGUCGGCGCUGCAAUGGCUGAUACCUCCGGUGUGACGGCGGAACUGCUCCAGAAGAAGCUGGAGGUUGAGCUCGAGGCGAAAACGGUGAAGAUUGAGGAUCUGUCUGGUGGCUGUGGUCAAGCCUUCCAAGCCGUGAUUGUUUCUGAUAAGUUCGCCGGCAAGAACCUGCUUGCCCGUCACCGUCUGGUCAACUCGGUGCUGAAGGAGGAGAUCCCCAAGAUUCACGCAUGGACGCCAAAGUGCUACACUACUGAGCAGUAUCAGGCUCUUGGGGAAUAG